CUGGCAGGAGCUCACGGCUUCAGAUCCAGCAACACCGACAACGACGCGUUUACUCGAUGACAGAAGACAUAUCUCUGCUUCAGAAAACAGAUAUACCAAGUGAGGGAUGAACGCAGAGGACUCUGUGGGAAACAUUUCACUCCACGGACCGAGCUCUUACUCCCGCGUGGCUUCAGUGAAACGAGACAGAUAAAAAAACAAAAACAUUUUUUUGCGUGCAGCCUCGGGCGCAUGAAGUCUGGGAUAUAUUUUUUCCACCCUGUUCAGCGCUUCCUGUCUGCUUUCAGUGUGCACUCUGCUGGUUCUUAUCUGAAGGGGGAGUGUUUUUUGUCUGUCUGUCUGACUGAGGAGUGCGAAUUAAAAGCGGUAUCCACCUUUUUCUGCAAGAUGUUUUGAGCGCCAAGGGGGGCCAAGAGCGGCUGGUGUCAUCAGGGGGAUAGAAGGAGGAGGAGGAGGAGGAGGAGGAGGAGGGGGGGUGUCUCCACUGCGCAGACAAGCGGCGGACCGUCUCUGCGCUACCGCUCGUCUCCUCUGAUCCUCAGCAGGCAGACAGACAGUUUCAGGAGGAGGAGGAAGGAGCGGCUGAAAGAGCAAAGGGGGCUUAUUUAAGGGCUUAGAAAUCUGGAAAUAUACGGCGGAAAAAUGACGAUGUCCGUCCCCGAGAGGAAAUCAGGAUCGGAGGGGAAAGAGGAGGAAAGCGAGGAUGAGAGCGAGAUCUUGGAGGAGAGCCCAUGCGGGCGCUGGCAGAAAAGAAAAGAGCAGGUCAGCCAAGGUAAUGUCCCCGGUGUGGAGAGUGCGUCUCUGGCCAUGGACACAGAGGAGGGCGUGGAGGUGGUGUGGAACGAGGUGCUCUUCUCGGACAAGAAAGUCUUCAAAGCACAGGAGGAGAAGAUCAAGGAGAUGUUUGAAAACCUGAUGCAGGUCGAACACCCAAACAUCGUCAAGUUUCACAAAUACUGGCUGGACAUGAAGGAGACCCAGGCGAGGGUUAUAUUCAUCACAGAGUACAUGUCGUCGGGCAGCCUCAAACAGUUUCUGAAGAAAACUAAGAAGAACCACAAGACUAUGAAUGUGAAGGCCUGGAAGAGAUGGUGCACCCAGAUUCUCUCCGCCCUCAGCUAUCUGCACUCUUGUGACCCACCGAUAAUCCAUGGCAACCUGACUUGCGACACCAUCUUCAUCCAGCACAACGGACUCAUAAAGAUCGGCUCAGUUUGGCAUCGGCUUUUUGUAAAUGUGUUUCCAGAUGCCAGUGUGCACGGUAAAGGGAGGCAACAUCGCGAUGAGCAGAGGAAUCUGCAUUUUUUCGCUCCAGAAUAUGGUGCUGGUGAGGAUGACCACGCCAUAGACAUUUUCUCCUUCGGCAUCUGCGCUCUAGAGAUGGCAGUACUAGAGAUCCAGGCCAACGGAGAUACUGCCGUGUCCAAGGAGGCCAUCAUCAAUGCAGGUCAAUCUCUGGAAGAUCCUCUCAUGAGAGAGUUCACUCAGUCCUGUUUGCGUCAGGAAGCCAAGCUCCGUCCUACAGCUCACGACCUUCUGUUCCAUCGAGUGCUGUUCGAGGUCCACUCCCUCAAACUGCUCGCCGCCCACUGCCUCAUCAACAACCAGUACUUGCUUCCAGAAAACUGUGUGGAAGAGAAAACCAAAUCCUUCGACCCCAACGCUGUCAUGGCAGAGAUCAAACAUGAAGACAGACAGGGAGUUCAGCUCAAAUAUUCCCAUGUGUCACCUUUAGAACUCGACAAGUUUCUGGAAGAUGUCAAGAACGGGAUCUACCCCUUAAUGAACUUUGCCUCGUCUCGGCCCCAUCCCGUCCCCCGAGCCCUGUCGCUGUCUCAGGAGCAGGUGGAGACGGUCAAAACGCCGACACCUGAACCGCAGGAGACGGAAACAAGGAAGGUUGUCCAGAUGCACUGUAAUCUGGAGUCAAAUGAAGAAGGGACCAAAACUCAUGUGAGUCACACAGUAUUACAGCUCUCUUUGUUUCUGAAGAUGGAUGACAAACUUCACAGGCAGCUCAGCUGUGACAUCCUCCCAACCGACACCUCUAAAGACCUCGCCAGUGAGCUUGUUCACUACGCCUUCAUAAAUGAGGAGGACAGUGAGAAGGUAGCAGGGUUCUUGGAGGAUGCAAUCAAUCGACAUCGUGUUCGGACGCUCGCCUCUGGGAGCACACAGUGAGGAGGGGGUCACGACAGAUGGCCCAGACAGAAGGUGCUGGUUGCGACCAAACGGGUCGACUACAUAGGGGGGAGGACAGCGGGCAAGGAUCACACAGCCAGAGAACUGAGAGAGCGAUGGGAGCUGAUCCAGCUAAAGAAUAAAGAUGGGACAUAUACAGAAGGAUUCUGGUGCUCGAGAGUCAGAAAAUCGUCCAAGAGAGAGCGCCAGAGGAAGAAACCCCAGGAACUUCUAUUUGGAGGGCCAUCAUGGCUGUGUGCAGCAAUCCCACAAAGCAGUGGAAGAUUGACGAACUCCCUGCCUGGAGGGGCUAUCAUGCCUUAAGAUCUAUUGCAACUUAGGUUUUCCAUAAUGCCACUAUUCAGAACGGAAAUGUUUAAUACACAAAUUCAUUUUACUGCUCAUACGCCUUAUUUGGACUCCAAUGUCUACUUCGAUUUUGUGAUUAUUUACUUUGACUCUACAAAAGUUAAAGCCUCUGUCCGUCCCUUACAAACCCGAACCAUCCGUUAAAUCGAGGAAUAAAAUAUUCCGCCCGACAAGCAUUGUGAAUACUCGUGCAGUUGACUUAUUUAUUUCUUUAUAACUGUGAACAAUAGAAGCUUUGCACAAGCCUGUUUUCUUUUCUUUCACACCUCACUGCAGUCUUUGAUUAAAGGUCACUUCUCGCAGAGCUCCACACGCCAUGCCUAAAUGUAAUGACGAGAAUCGAGAUGAUGAUGCCUCUCUUCUAAGCCUGUAGUGCUCUUAAGGGGUUUCCCUGUGAACGUGUUCUGAAAGCCAAAGAUUUACAAGUGCCUGCUAUGGCAAUAUACUUUGGAUAAGAAAAAGUUCUAAUCAAAGGGCGUUGUACCGGACUUAUAUAGCCCACUUGUAGUUUUACUCAUUCAGGCUGACUUUUACAAUUUCCAAAACCAGCAGAUACAUCGAUUUGGACUUAUUUGAAUCUCUUAUCAUGAUUCUACAUCACAAAGUCAGCCUUUGAGAAUGUCCACUAAGUCCAAUAUUUGUAUUGAUCAUGUAAUAUGCUGCAGCUUGUGUACAAAAAAAUCGAAAUAGGAAGAAAUUAAAUCGACAAAAUAAAGGCUUGUCGAUAUAAAUUGCCAUGUUGUUUAUAUAUAUUUCUGCCGCACUCAUUUUUGAGGGUUUUGAAGGAAAUUAUUCUACCCAAAAGCCUUCCAGAAUAAAAUAUUUUAGUCUUCUCCUAAUCCAUGAUAUGCUUAUCUGUGUUGCUUUCCAUUGGCUGCAGGCGAUAAAAAAAAUCAUUCUGAUUGAAGUGUGCAAUAUUCUCAUUUGGACAAUAAUUCUUUAGUAACACAUACCCUGUAUUUUAUUCAGACAUUUCCACAGUGAACUUUGGCAUUGGUUGCACUGCAGCCCACACUAACACAAAAAUAAAACACAUCCCCUUCGGCUCGUCCAGAUUUUCUUGUGAGGAAUCCAGUCUUGGCAGCUUUGGGAGGAUUUUUCCUGAACAGAACUGGGCAGCAAAAAACAAUAGAGGAUUGUAUGAUUGGUCUUCAGCAUUAGUAUCACUUGGCCGUGCUUCAUUUGUUAACCUGAGUCUUUUAGCUGCUGUACAGUCAUUGCAAACAGGACUUAUACUCUUCUCUGUGUCAUGCCUUCUUAUUUGUGUGUUUCUCUGAAAUCUACAAAACAUUCAUCUACUAGAGGCUGUGCUGUACAUAUUUGUUUAUGGCUGUUAAAGGGUUUUCAUUUUAGACAACCUUCCAAUGCAAAGCAGUGCCACUAUUGCGCUCAUAUGAUCUUGUAAGCUGCAUGUCUUAAUAGCCUGCAACCGGUCAGAAUUUGCAUUUUGCCUUUUUGUCAGUCCCAGUUUGGUCCCAGAGGGGACCUGAAUGUUUGGACUGUGCAAAUGGGAAGAAAGCAUCCAUAUCAGUCUUAUUCAUGUCUAAUGACUUUUUUUUUCUUCUCUGUGUGCAUCUGUUGAAUAAAAACUUGCCUUUGGCUGUGUCCUUAAACUUUUGUUUGGUAUUUUAGCUCCUGCAAUUAAAUACAUGACAAUAAACAUUAUGUGACAUGUUG